AUCGCUGACAGUAUUGUAUGUCAACCGUAUAGACCAUCUCAUCCUAGAUGAAACAGUGUUAAAGAGCUCAUUCAAUCCGGUGAAGACAGCUGUGCCGCCGACUAGCUCAGAUUUUUUGUUCAUAUAUCAAGUUUAAGUAACAAAUCUACAAACAUGGAUGAUGAAGCUAGGAAAGCAAAACAAGCGGAAAUUGACCGCAAAAGAGCCGAAGUACGCAAACGUAUGGAAGAAGCUUCCAAAGCCAAGAAAGCCAAGAAAGGUUUCAUGACUCCAGACAGGAAAAAGAAACUUCGUUUGCUUUUGAGAAAGAAAGCCGCUGAAGAAUUGAAGAAAGAACAAGAACGCAAGGCAGCUGAGAGGAGGCGGAUCAUCGAAGAAAGGUGCGGACGUCCCAAGAACGUUGAUGACGCUGGUGAAGAUGCCAUUAAAACUAUUUGCAAACAAUACUAUGAAAGGAUUCUCAAGUUGGAAGAUCAAAAAUUCGAUUUAGAAUACGUCGUGAAAAAGAAAGAUUUCGAGAUCAGCGAAUUGAACAGCCAAGUUAAUGACUUACGAGGAAAAUUCGUCAAACCAACAUUGAAAAAGGUGUCUAAAUAUGAAAACAAAUUUGCCAAACUCCAAAAGAAAGCUGCCGAAUUCAACUUCAGAAACCAGUUGAAAGUUGUAAAGAAAAAGGAAUUCACCCUGGAAGAAGAAGACAAAGAGAAAAAACCAGAUUGGUCGAAAAAGGGAGACGAAAAGAAGGGUGAAGGAGAAGAUGAUGGAACAGAAGACGACAAUAAGACAGAUGAUGGUCUUACAACGGAAGGUGAAUCCAUUGCAGGUGAUUUAACCGAUGCUACCGAAGAUCACCCUCAAAGUGACGCAGAAAUUAUUGAACAUUUAGAACCAGAACCCGAACCCGAACCAGAACCAGAACCUCAACCACCGUCACCAGCUCCUGAGGAACUUUGGGCGUACCUAAAAGACACAGUUUGCUCAAACAAUCCUUUAAGUGUCGAUGACCUUGUGGAUAAACUAAUGACCGCUGUAACGGCUAUACCGCAACCAUUAUUGAAUUCAGUUGUCAAAGACACAAUCAAGAAACAAAAAUCAAUAGAUGAAGGACUCGAAGGAGGACCACCAGUUGAAGACACUUCAACUGAUCGCGUAGCACCUGCUGAUGGUUGUGCAUCAGCAGAUCCUGCUGAUCCAGCAUCAAAUCCAGUUGAUCUUGAAGCAAAUCCUACUGAUCCUGCAGUUUCAGUUGAUCCAUCGGUGCCAGUUAAUCGAGAACUGUCAACUGAACAAGGUGCGCCGGUUGAUUCAUCAGCUCCAGUAACAGAAACUGCAGCAACGCCAGAAGGUGAACAACCACCUCCUAUUAUCACCGAAGAAGUUCCAACUAAAGUUGCAGAAACAACGUCAGUAGCAGAUGCACCACCAGCCGCUGCCGAAUGAUAAACAUGUUUAAAACCACUUGCAAACCAAGGAAUAUUUGAUUAAAGCACGUCUUCGAUGUUUUUUACUUUAACAUAGAUUUGACUACUGGAUGAAUCACUGUAAAUGUUUAAAUUUUAUUGUACUUUUUUGUUUUCAUUUCGGAUUGGGUCAUUGGAUGUUAUAAAGUAUAUACAAUGAGUACAAUUCAGUGAGUAGCCGCUUAUUUAACAUGUAACAAAUGAAAAAUGUGUAAAAACACAUCAAAUAUUAAUAUUUAAUUUGUUUUUAUUAUGCAACUUGUUUGUAAAUAAAAACCUUCAUGUGAUUAGUCAAACGAUUAAUUAUUUAUUUAUUGAUUCUGUACUUAUAAAAUAAAAGUAUGUUAAAUAAAAAAUUAAUGUUAAAUUUUACAAGUGUACAUGUUUGUGUAUAACCUUGAUUCCCAAUUACAAAUAAAUCAUUUACUUAAGGGUAUAAUGAGUUUGUUUAUGAUCAAAUAUAAUCUUGUGUUACCAGAA